CUGCAUUUUUUCUACUGCUCCUCCACCCAAAUCUCAGGUCUUCUUCCGCUUCUCUUAUGGUAUCAGAUCAUGGCGCCAUUCAGGCAGCCUGAUUCAGGUAGGAGCAGCAGCUUUAAGUCACAAUGAGUGGGAAUGAAGAACAACCCACGUCUGGAUUAGCAACACAUUCAACCUCAAGUGCAGCAACCACAUAUUCUACACAACCUUCUCAAUCUUCUUCGGAUUUCCAGUUUGGUAACCCCUUUUAUCAGAACCCUAAUGAAAAUCUUUCUCAAUCCAUCGUGUGAGGUCCUAGAUGGUAGUAACUAUCAAAUGUGGGCGAGAUCUAUCAGCAUUGCUCUCAAAACCAAGUAUAAGCUUGGGUUUAUAGAUGGAUUUGUAGAAAUUCCAAAUCCCAGAACAGAUCCUAAUGGUUAUAGAGCUUGGGAUGCUUGCAAUACUGUUGUUCUUUGCUGGAUUAUCAAUUCUCCAAUAAGGAUAUUAAACGUAGUGUUCAGAGUCAUGAAGUGGCACAAAAUUUGUGGGAAGAGUUGAGAGACAGGUUUGUUGAAGGAAGCUCGUAAAUGGCUCUGCUCAAGCAAUUCAACGGAACAAAGGAUUGAUUUGGAAAGCUUGCCAAUGCCUCUGCUCAAGCAAUUCAAUGGGACAAAGGAUUGAUUUGGAAAGAAAUCAAAUCAGCCUACCUUACCUUUUCUGCUCGCAGGCCAGAAAUGGUAAAAUCAUCAAAGAGACGUUGGGAAGCAAGAGUAUAAGAAGAUAGAGAGUAUGGGGUUAAUCGGCACCUUUUUCAAGCAAACAAGAAGGAAAGAGCAGAGAAUUUGCUAGUGGUCUUGCUGAGAAAAAGAGAGCAGAUCAGAGUGAUUGCUUAGCUAACUAGGUGUAUUGUGUCACAGUCUUGAGUGAGGGUACAGUCUGGUUAGGGUGAUUUACCAGCAAUAGGCUGAGAGUUCUAGUUUAGAAUUGUAACAAAGAACUUGAGGAAACAAAUCAUUAGUCAUACGUUGAAGGUCUCAAGAAGAGAUCCUUCAACUGUGGAUUAGUCGGUACAGGGAUUAUUAUUCUCUCUGUGCUGGAUACCACGUAAAAAUUAUGUGUGUUAUUGUUCAUUCAUUCUGUUUCUUUUUCGGUUGAUAAUCUUGUUGUGUGCUUGUGAGUUCAGUUCGGAACAGGGGAGGUUUUCCAGAAGCAGAGUGUAGAAGAACAAGGAGUAUCAAUCCACCCUUCUGACUAUCUGUGUUAAGGGCCUUACUUACAUCACUUUCAAACUCAUUUUUCUGGGCCGGAACUUGGAAAUAAUACGACAGGCCCAUUAUUCAUUCUCUGCCUAAUCGAAGAUUGAACACUUCCCUUCCUUCGUCCUUCAUUCAGUUGCAAAUCAAUUUCACCAUCUUACUACAAGUUUUCUCUAGGGUUUUUGAAUUUCAAGAAGAAAGUACAAGAAAAUCGUCUCCGGUCUCGUUCUCGACCUUCGCUUACAAGGUUUGGUCAAGCUAAUGUUGUAAAGCUGACCAACUUGGAAGAUGAUAUUCAUGCUUGUAAGCAAGGGAACAUGACCAUAACCUAGUAUUAUACAUUGAUGAAGGGGUUGUGGGAAAAAUACUCAAAGUUCAACCCAAUAGUCCCAUGUACUUGUGCUCCAGGAUAGAUCUUGCCCUGUCCAACUAUGGAAGCCUUUAUGGCGAAACAAGAAACAUAUUAUCUUGUGAGGUUUGUGAGAGGAGUCAGUCUUGCAUAUGAUGUUGUCAAGACUCAGCUUCUUAUGAUGAAGCCCCUCCCAACUGUUAUAGCAGCAUAUGGGGACCUUCUCCAACAUGAGCAUAAAUUUAAAUAUGACGAAGGAAGGAGUACACAGUUAGUGGCACUUGCAUCUUAUGGAAGGCAAGGAAGUCAAGGGAAUGACAAUACUGUUGGGAGACAAGCACCAAACAAGGAAGUGCAGAAGGAAGUAAAACAAGGUUGUUUUGCAGAUAUUGCAAGAAAAUAAAUCACAAUAUAGCAGACUGUUAGAAGCUGAAAAGGAAGAACAAAGAGCAGAAUGCUAGAGCUGUAAAUGAAUCGGAGGAUGGUGUUCUUGAGACUCAAUCGAGCAAUGGGACAGGGAGUGUCAACUUUGGAGGAAGUGGCAACAACUUAGGCAACAUAGUGAAUCUUUAGUUGACUGGUGAAGAAAUGAAUAGACUCAGUCUCUUGCUUCAGGGAGUGACAACUAGUCCUUCACCUUCUCCAUCACCACCUCAUUCACCAAACAUCUGUCAUGCAGCUUUCUCAGUAGCACAACAGAUGCCACAGUUUCCUAAUUCAGUUGGUAAAUAUGUUCUAACAUCAUAUUUUCAUUGUCAUUCAGCCUCCCUUGUUCCAACAUGGAUUUUAGACACUGGAGCUUCAGAUCACAUUGUUUGCUCUAAAAAUUUCUUUACCACUUACAAACCAAUUCAUGGUGUGUCAGUUUUCUUACCAAAUAGCACUAAGGUGUUAGUCAAUCACAUUGGAUCAGUUAGAUUGCCUUCAGGAAUUCUGUUGAACAAUGUUUUGUUGAUUCCCAGUUUAGUUUCAAUCUUGUGUCAGUUAUUAGGUUGACACAUGACUUACCAAUUUCCCUCACCUUCCAAUCUGAUUCUUGUGUUGCCCAGGACCUAGUAACCAAUAGGAUGAUUGACUUGGGAAAACAAAGUAGGGGUCUAUACCAUCUAAUGUCCAGUCCAGAUAGUCAGAUCACACCUUCAGUAGCUUCAGUCUACAAUUUCUAGCCUCAAAAGAUUAACCUUUGGCAGUGGCGUUUAGGGCAUCCCAAUUCCAAGAAGAUAAAAUUAUUAAAGUUUUGUAAUCCUGUAAUUAGAAAUGAGAUAGUGAAGCAUUGUGAUGUUUGUCAUUUUUCAAAACACAAGAGAUUACCUUUUCCUUUGAGUGAACACAAAGCAAAUGAUGUUUUUUUAUUUAAUCCAUGUUGACAUAUGGGGGCCUUUGGCAGUUGAAUCUUAUGAUGGUUUUUCUUACUAUCUUACUGUUGUUGAUGAUUAUUCUCGAGUUGUGUGGAUUAUUCUUAUGAAACACAAAUAAGAAACCAGGUCCUUGUUG